AGAUGGUAAAUAAAACGAGGGUGGCUUGAAACGUCAGGCCAUAUUUGUUUGUGGUCUGAAAAAUUGGAUAUUCGCACAGUAAUUCGCUCGGGAGUGUCUCAAAUAGCUAAGCUAUAGCUGCAAAGAUGGUGCGAGACCGGUCGGCGUCUGCUGACUCUGAUAAGGAGAAGCGAAAGGGGCGAAGCCGCGACAAAGACCGUAAGAAACGUGGCUCAGUAUCCAGCAGUAGCGAUAGCAGUGGCAGCUCGUCGGACAGUAGCUCGUCCCGGAGCAGUUCAGGAUCUCGUUCGAGCUCUUCGAGUUCCAGCAGUUCUUCGAGCAGCUCAUCCUCGAGCUCAAGCAGUGGGGCGGAACGAUCCAGGACAAAACGCAAGACUCUGACUAGAUCUCGAAGCAAGAGUCCAAUCAGCAAGGAUAAGGCCCUGAAGGAUGGAAAGGAUUUGCGUCGUUCACGCUCUAGGGAGCGUUCCCGUGAUCGUUCUCGUCGUCGCAGUGCCGACAAGGAUGACAAGGCGCACAGGAAGAGCCCCGAGAAGGCUUCCAGAGAUGCACGCAAUCGCUCACGCUCGGGAUCGCCGAGGAGCAAGCGCCGGAAGGAGCGUUCGGUGACUCCGCGACCGACACGCAUUCACAUUGGACGUCUCACACGCAAUGUGACUAAGGAUCACGUGGUGGAGAUCUUCAGUGUGUAUGGGGAGAUCAAGAACAUUGAGUUCCCCCUUGAGAGGGCUAUCAAUGCCACCAGGGGCUUCUGCUACGUGGAGUACGGCAGCCCUGACGACGCUGAGAAUGCUAUGAAACACAUGGACGGCGGACAGAUUGAUGGGCAGGAGAUAACAGCAGCUCCUGUGCUGGUGCCCAAGCAAAGGCCACCGCUUCGGCGUCCAUCGCCAAUGCGCAACAAUCGUGGAAUGCCACGGUGGCGAAUGUCGCCGAUGCGCUUCCGUCGUCGAUCCCCCAUGAGGCGCAACAGCCCACGUCGUCGUCGCAGUCCCAUCAGGAGACGUCGACACAGCAACAGCUCCGGAAGCUCUCGCUAGAGACACCGCGAAGGGCGAAAAGGUAAGCAAGGAACACAAUAUAAUCUCUCUUGGCUUGAAACACCCUUUAUUUUGAACUUGAAUAAAAGAUAUGCUCUGAAUAUCAAA